AUGACCGACUUUGCUGGUCCUCUCCGCCUUCAACCACAACCUACCACACCCCUCACAAGGAUAGGAACAUGCUUCUCAGACGUAGACCGGAUGGCCGUGUCGAGCUCCGCUAUCACCCGCGCCAGCAGCCCCGGCUUCACAUUCGCGUCUUGCUGCAUCUCUUCUCCCUUCUUGGUGGUGAUCAACGGCAGUUGGGCCUCCGACGACCGGAAAUCUCAGCAGCCUUCCCUAUCGGACAAUCCGCUGCAAAAGCGUCAAGGAUGGUUGGGGAGGACUUUCCCCCAGACCGGAAUAUGGGUCCUCGGAUUACCUGGGCGGGAGUUGCGAGCGGCGUUGUCUUGGCCUGUUGCAACUGCUCUGAGCUCGGAGAGAGCUAAGCAUUUCAACGUAACUUCAGGGGCGGAGAUGGGUGUCGUGUUUGGAAUUGUCAUGGGCAAGAGGAAGCGGGAGAUUGCGAAGAGGAGGGCAGCAAGGGGCAAGGAGAUGGUGAUGAUGGCUUACUGCAAGCUGCCACCUGAGCAGCACAAACCUGCCAUACAAGAUGUUGCGGAAAAGGAAAAGCAGCCGCUGCCACUUGCGUAA